CAGUGGUGCAGGCUCUGCAGAUACUGUCCGUUCCGUCGGUAACAGUUUUUGUUCAAUUUCAUCUAUAAUAUCUAUAAUAUUAUUCACUAGACCGGGUCGUCAGGCACCUAAAGUUGAUUUUCAAUAAAUUGGGCCCUCUCUCGUUGAGGGAAUUUAAUAUAAAAAAUGUGGAAUAAUUCGGUAAACCUGUCAAAGAAUCUUCAGUACCUGUCUUCCCCAUUUUUGGCCGCAUAUAAUGGUUUUUUAUCACAACAAACACGGAACACAUUUAUACUAAAGAGGCGAACACCUCCUGGCCUCGCGAAGAAAAAUGGUCCAUCGAAAGUCCUCAGAGGAAGACACUUUGUGUACGAGCUUGUCGAGGAUACCAAUGUGCGCAAGAAACCAGAUUUGCAAUUGAUUUUAACAUCGUACGUCGAAGGCCUGGGCAACAAAGGAGAUCUAGUUACGGUUCCACGUAACAAAGGUUAUACUAAGCUUUUGUUGCCAAGAUUAGCGAUGUAUGCAACUCCGGAAAAUAUUGAUAAGACUAAGGCGGCUGCAGAUGAUCAAGACAGCCGAUAUAGCAGUCCUUAUGUAGAACGCACGAUUAAUGUUUUGUCGACUAGGACGCUGCCUGUUUUAAUGUCAAACACCAAUCCAUGGGUGUUGGAAAAAUGGCAUAUCAGAACAUGGCUUCGCAGAUCAGGUUUUCACCUGCAAGAUGAAUCUAUAACACUACCCGAUAAACCAAUUUCAGGACCAAAUCCAGCGAUGGAGGGUAAAGACUUUUACAUUACCGUUACAAUAAAUAAAAAAGAACAGGUUAAAGUAAGAUGUAGAUUAUUUCAAAUUGACAAAAAGAAAUUCACAGUGCCUGAGGAGUAUUACAAAAAUACUGCAGAACCCAUUUUUCCUGAGGAUAAAUCUAUCUUAGAUACAAUGCCAGGAUUUUACCUUAGGGAAUCUAAAAGUAGUCGUAUUUAGUCUGUUGUGAGAAUCCCGUAAUUGUUAAUAAACGUAUUAAGUCUAAA